GGCUGGUGCAACUGUGAAAAUGUGCGGAGCGUGUCGGUUGUGAAAGCCUUGAUUAUUUCCAUAUAUAUUUUAUUUUUCGUUUCACAUUUCGCUUAAUUUGUUUACGCGUUCGUCGUUCGUUUGUUCGUUCGUCUGGUGUGAAUAAUAAACUCGUAGAGAUACUUUGUGUGACGCAGCAGCCCAAUCACUUAAAGGGCUUUAAUUGUGCGUGGGCCCAGCCCCACUGAAUUAUCUCCAAGAUACUCGUUAGAUUGGCCAUCUUAAGUGCAUCAGUAGCCGAAAGAUUGUGUGUGUGUUUGUUUUGUAGUGUCUGAUACGAACAAAGGAACUAAAGUUCUCUUUGAAAACGACAAUUUUUGGGAUUAUCUAAUACGCAAUCCGUUUUGGAGAGAAAACUUACGCAUCGAGCAAAACAACAUUUAUAAAUAGCACAAAACUACGAAGAAAUCAAAAUGAAAAGUGCAGCAUAGAAAACAAAAAUCAAAUGCCGAAAGAAAUCCAAACAAAAUGUGCAACCAAUCAAUGGAGUUGAACCGCUUAAAAAAAAGAGCCAAUAACUAAAAAUAAAGAAGAGUGAGUGGAAAAGUAAAAGACUCUGCCAAGAACUUGGCAACAUCUCAUCGCAGCGUUGGUCCGCAGAGGACUGGCCAAAAAUAAACCGGCAGCAACAUUCGCUUGCAACUAGAUGUUGUUGCUGCUGCUAGCGUUCAUCAUGCGAUUCGUAGACAUUUCCAAACGCUGUGCCGCCUGCUCCAGGGCCGGAAUCGAUUGCCCGCACAACGGCAAUGGCAACAGCAACUCCAACAGCAACAACAACAACGAUGCCAACGGCAAUUCGACCUGCUGGCAACAUGUUGCCGGUGCCACCAGCAACAGCAGCAGCACCAGCAGCGGCUGCGACAGCAACAGCUCCUCCAAGGAGAACUAUUAUGUGCCACAGCAACAGCAACAUCGUCAGAGGGCCAAGCCCAACGGCAACAUUGGCGUGACCCCGCAGCAACUCGAGCAAAUUCGCUUCUACCAGCGCAUGCAGCAGCAGCAGUUGCAGCUGUUGCAGCAGCAAUUGCUGCAGCGGCGACGCCUGCAACAGCAAUUGCUCGCACAGGGCGUGCCAUCGCCGCCGGCGACAACGACAACAUCAGCGGGUCUCACCUGCAAUCAACAGUAUUUGCGACAGCAGCGACUGCAACAGCAACAGCAGCAGCAGCGAUAUGUGGACCACAAUAGCAACAGCAACAAUGACAAUGACUACCUAAACAACUAUCUGAACAACAAUAUUAACCAUCAAAACAAUGGCAAAGUUGUGGGCCAAGGAACCAAACUUCGACGUGGCAUGACAGAAUUCUCAACAAACAACGAUCACAGCAAACCGCAUUUCACCGCAUCUCAGCAGAAACCCCUUCAGAACUCACCCAUUCACCAGCAGGCAUUCACCCCAUCCAAUCCCAACUCUCAUCCACAUUUGCUUCAACGCUUGGCCCAACAGCAACAGCAGCAACAUCAGCGCCCCCAUAAAUUUCAGCAGACUCUGCCCUUUAGCCAGCUCAACAACGGCAACAACACGGCUGCCCACACUCUGCCCGGAUCAUCAUCAUCGCCACAUUCCCCGCUCAGCUACCGGAAUCCGCUGAACAGUCCCAGCAAUUCGCCAUUCAGCAACACGGCACAUACGACGAUUGGCAAGCGAUACCAGCAGCAACAGCUGACCGAUCGCCUGCUGCAGCAGCAACACCUGCAACAGUGCCAGCAGCAGCAAUUGCAAUCGCUGGGCAGCGAUGUGGAAGAGGAUGCCGCCGGCGAGGAACUGAGCGAGGAGAGUCUCAAGCAGAAUGUGGCCAUUGUGCUGAGCAACUUGGAUCGGUAUAACAACGCGUUGCGCAGCAUUAUCCUGAAUGAGCAGGUGAGCAGCAGCCUCAUCACUCCCAGCGACAGUCUACUGUUUGGCGAGGACUCCAGUGGUCUGCUCUACUGUGACAACGACAACUCCAGGAAGCUUCAGGGCAACAAUAACUUUAUCCUGGGCAAGAUGGCGGCCACUCCGGAGUCGGAUUACAAUAGCAAUGCCACCACGCCAGGAGGUCGCAGCAACGAGCAGCAGUUGCAGCAGCAACAACAGCAGCAGCAGCAACAACUUGGGGUAGGUGGGAUGCUUUGUGGUGGUGGCGGGAUGCGGGAAACUACUAAUGGCGGUGGCAACAAUCUCAUCUGCUCGUUGGCCUCGUCGCACGACUUUACUCACGACAAUUCCGAUUACCAGUGGUUCCUGGACUACGGCUAUCGAGAUGGCUGCGGCGGUAUGCAGCGAAGUGUUUUGAGUUCCCUCUCGGCCUCGUACAAUGCGAUGGGGGACCUUAUUUACUACGAGGAUCUGGCCAAGAACCUGGACGCCAAUCUGGCCGAGGUGGACAUGGAGAGCUUUCGGGCGGAGGACAUACAUUCCCUGCUCUCGCAGCUCCCCGCCUAUUGCAAGAGCUUGGGCGGGGCCAACAGUCGCCUCCAGCAAUCGCUGCUUCUCCAGCAGCAGCAGCAGCAACAGCAGCAGCAGAUGCAACAGCAACAGUUGCUUAACCACAGCAACAUGAUGCCGCACAACAUGUCCCAGACGUCGACUACCUCCACCAACGAACUGAUCGACAACUCCUUCUGCAAGUCCGAGCUGCUCUUUUCGCCGGUGAGGGAGUCGCACAUCUCGGUGGACUCCCUGGACAUGGACGCCUAUCCGGAUGACGGGGAGAUCAUACUCACCUGCAACAAGGACAACUAUACAAUCGCCUUCGAGGGCAGUGUGCUCUACUCGGACGACAGUUUCUAUGCGGAACCUAGUGACCUAGCAGCCAGGAACAAACAGAACUGCAUCAACUUGCACAGCAAUCUGGAGGACAUAGUGAAGCGCAACAAGGCCCUGGAGGUAUCCAUGUCGCGUUCGGCCCAGGCCUUCCAGCCCCUCUGUCCCAUGUCGCCCAAGGGACAGGCGGCCACAGCAUCAGCGGCCAGGUUACAGAGACGCUCGUUACUUCUUGUUUCGCCCGCCCGCAGGUAUCCCUCGGGGAACAAUAACACGGAGACCAUCACCAUAACCAGACACCUACCACAGUGCUCCGUGCGGAAGAGCAGCAGUCUGCCCAAUUUGCAGAGCGAGGAACUCAUGACGGGCAGUUGCCACAAGGAGCAGCGACCGGAGGAAAGUGGACAACAGGCGGUUCAAUUGAAUGUUUCCCAGGCGAUCAGCACCUCGACCAUGGAGUCGUGCAAGUCCAGAUCCAGGAAUCUGCUACCCAUGUGCCAGAUGCCCAUAUCCAUCAGUGUGUCCAUUUCGGAGCGACUGCAGCAGCAAGCGGAUCAGCAGGUGCCCAGCCAACAGAUCACACCCACAUCACAGCAACCACAGCAGCAGCAGCCGCACCACUCGCACCACCAUCGCCACAAGCAUCGCUGCAGUUGCUCGCAGGAGAGCCAGAACUUCCACAUUUCCGGCUCGGCCUCCUCUGGCAACUCCUCCAAUCCGCCGGCCUUCAAUCUAGUCAAGCUGUUCAUCAAGCAAAAGAGCAGCAACAGCAGUGGCGGUCAAGAGGAUCUCGGAGCCCAGGCCAGUGCGCACACCUGCAUGGACGUCUCCUCGGGCUGCUGGCCAUCCAGUGAUGCGGCCAGCUCUAGUAGUGGUUCCUUGGAGCAGCGUCUGCGAAAGAAGAGCAUGAACGACUCGGGCAAAGGAUCGGCAGUGAGUCGCCAUGACGAAGAGGAGCACUACCCGGAAACGGAGACGCCCAGACGUCAGUUGAGAGCCCGAUCCGAGGCAGUGUUUUACGAUGAUGUGGCCACCUCCAGUUCCACGGGCUCGCUGACGGCGACCAAUUCACCAGCACAUCGUCGGCGCAGCAUGCCGCUAAGGAAUCCCCAGCUGUACCAACUGGCAGCCCAGGUUUCCACCGGCAGUCAGAUGUCCUCGGAGGCGAGCUCAGAGCAGCUGACCCAGGUGCCCAGGCGAGCGGAAGCGGGAUGCGGGACCAGCACUCGACCGUUGUCGUGCGCCUCCAGCUCUGAGAUGAUCACACGUUCCAUGCAGACCUCCUGCGGAUCACUGAGCACCACCCGGAGCAGCCUGAGCGACCGGUAUCGCUGCGUGCCGCCCUCGUUCCUCGAGAAACUCAAUAACCUCGGCGAGCAGUGCCAGGCGCCCAUUUACGUGAUCUAUCCGAACUACGCACUGCCCGAUUUGGGAUUCGUUAAGACUAAUGCCAGCACUGAUGUGAUCUUCCAGCCCUUCAACUACAAGAUGACGCUGGAUGGAGCAGCUGGCAGCACCAGUAGCUCGGGAUCUCUGAAGAAACAGCGCAGCAACAGCCAGAGCGUGAGCGAAGAUGAGAUCCUCAAGACGCUGGACUACAAGCACAUCGCCGACUGGCAGUCGUUGGCCACCUUGCUGCCGACGGAAUACCGCCGUCGGCUGCAGCACAUUCCGGAGGUGAAGCACCUGGUGCGGCAGCUGGAUGCGGAGCUAUCGCAGCGCCCGCUUUUCUGUAUGUCGCCACCGCUUCGCCGAAAUCGCACGCACAUCUGCGACUGUGCCAAGUACUUCCAGGGGCAGCAGACUCAGCAGAUGGACGAGGCCUCCAGCUCGGGAUCCAGUCAGCCGCCCAGUUCUGGCUAUCGUGGCUCAUCCACGCUGCUAACGGACUCCGAGCUGGAUGUGGAUCCGCUGAAGCAGAUGUAUGUGUACCAGUAUGACCAACAGCGCAUGGAUUCGGGUGUGGAAACGAGUCCCGGCAGUCAGUUAACUCAAACCCCGCCGCAACCCAUGCCACGGAGUAUUCUGCGCAAGGCUCACUCCGCGCAGGCGCGCUCUAAGCGCAAUUCCAUGAUCGAGCAACAGACCCAGCAGACGCAGAAGCUGUCCAAGCUGGAGAAGCGGCGCAGCUUGCAGGAGCCACCGCACAACUACGGAUUGGGCUCCACCGACGAACUGGCCGAUGUCUUUGAGGAGGAGGAGCAUAGUCAGCAGGCGCAACCGGUGAAACAGAGGCUUUCACGCAAGGAUCUCGAUGCCAGGGCUAGGGCGGAGAAUUUCCUGGCCUCGUUGCCGCGCUCAGAGCUCAAGUACUACGCCGAGAUCGCGUCGAUCCUAGAGUCUUCCGGCGAGCAGGUGACCUACGAUGCUGCCGCCCUGAAAAAGGAAGUGAGCCGCGUGCUUAGCCAGCAGAAGAAGGUGUCCUUCAAUGACGAGGGCGUGGCGGCCGGACUGCAGCAGCAUGCCAAACGCUUCGCUACGCCUCCCAAUUCCCCCAACAUCUCCGUGGCGGCACUGAAACGUGACACACUGGAUGUGCAAGAGCAGCGAAAGAUUGAGAGCAAUCGCUUCAAGCGCCUGCAAAUCCAGUGGGAGCUGAUGAGCAAGGACUCGAGUAUGCUGAAGGAGCUGGCCAGCGAGGCGGCCACUAAGAGCGGCGGCUCCACGCCCACCUCGGCCACCUCAACGGGUUCCAACUCGGCGCCAAGGUCAAGGAUUCCACGACCAGUGAGCUAUCCAGCGGGCAGAGGUUCCACGCCCACUUCGUCACGUACUGCUCCCGUUAUGGCCACGCCCUCACCGGCUCGGCCAGCCAACCCCAAGACUGUCACUAAAAGCCACAACAAACCCGGUCUUUUUACCUCCCCCCGCCCUAACAGACUUACCAGCGCCCAAGAAGCCGCCGGCGGAGCAAAGGUCAGCACCCGAUCGCCCAGCAGGAUGGUGCAGCCGAAGCGUUACAGCCUGGUCGGCACAACCACGCCCACAUCCGCAACACCCACAUCGGCCAGGGCACGUACGCCCACCAAUCGAGUGGCGGUUACAGCGCCAAAUACGCCCAAACGUCAGGCGGUUGCCCCGUCGCCCAGACCCACAUCGCGAGUGCGUUGAGCGUCUACAUGAGUCCAAGCGUCCAAGUCAUCCCAAUUAGUCAACGGCAGACAACAGACAGCAAACCCCAAACGCCCCAAGAAACAAAAAAACAAAAAAGAAAAAGCAAACAAAACAUAUUCAACAACAAACAAUGCAACAUUGUAAAAUUCUAGACUAAGGCUUUGUGUGCGGCUCGAUUGCUUAGUUACUGUUGGCCCGGAAAGUGAUAUUUAGAUGGGAGGUGGGAGAGCAUUGAUCAGGGAUCACGGAUCACGGAGCGAGAACUGAUAGCGAGACGUGCUGGUAUCUUUUGAUUGAUUUUGUUGUCCUGAUUUGCGGUAGAGCAGGCGCAUCUGCGAGAAGUAGCUAAAUUUUCUUUUUUUACAAAGUAUACAUAAAGAAAUCUAUACAUAUGCCAAGUACGCGUAAAUUAAACAAAUAUUUUGAUGUAUAUACACACACAUACGAUAUAUAUAUAUAUAUAUAUAUGCGUAGACUCGCUUUUCCACUAGCUACUCAAAAAGAAAUGACAUGGAUAACUUUGCUACCCACAGAAAAAUGGAUAAAAUGUAUAAAUUAUUUUCUAUACCCUAUGCAAACAGGCAUAUACAGUCAAUACUCGGCCUACGAUACACAAAUUACUUGAAUCAUACCAAGCUGGGCAGAAGAAUAAGAUAUAUUGGGUACCCAUAUACAAUAAAUGAAAAGCUCAAGAGCGGAUCCAAUCGAUAUUACGCCCCGGGUGCAUUAGAUUAAAUAUAUUUUGUUGCUAUUUCCAAGCUCACGCUGAUCCACUCCCUUAAAGAUAAAAAAAAAACGGAGAAAAUCAAGGAAAGAAUUUUCCAUAUGGCCUUUAAUUCAUUAGCGAUUGGUUAUUGAAUGCUUCGCAGUUUUUGAUUUGGUUUUACUCGCAAGAUCUGUUUUUGUUUGCGUUUUAUGCUGAGAUUUUCUUUUCGUUUAUAACGAGCUUAUGCUGUUGAGCCCAGGCUCAAAGUGAUUUCAAAUUGUACGAUAUAUGUUUACAGCUAUACCUACUAUUAAUAUUACUUUUUCAUUUGUAUCUAUUUAAUACCUAUCACUCUGUCUAUGACAUAACUUUAAUUGGUUAUUUAACUGCUGGAAGACAUCGUCUAAUUUGUAAGCCUUAAGUCAAACACUUUUCUAUCUUUAAUUGUAUAGCUAUUCUUAUUGUAUUAUGUACAAGCGGAAGAAACACAUAUUCUAGAUUUGCGGGAGAAUUUAUCACCAAAUGGAUAUGCGGGAGUAUAUUAUGUAUUAAACCGAAAAUAAAAAAUGUAUAAAAAUACAAAAUCAAUAAAAAUAUUAAUAAACAAGCAAAAAGUA